AUGAAAGCUAGGAAUCCGAUAUUAGUGCACCAAAAGAAUGGCACACCACGUUUUCUGCAUGUAAAUUUCAACCAGGAUCAGGAGUGCUUUAGUUGCGCGACAGAAAAGGGGUUCGAAAUAUACAACACUGAUCCGAUACAAUGUAGUGUGAAACGUAAGUUCUCCCAGAAUGGGAUGUCAGGGAUUGGGUAUACAAGGAUGCUUUACCGUACUAACUAUAUUGGAUUGGUUGGGGGUGGGACGAAUCCUAGGUUUUCAACAAACAAGAUUGCGAUAUGGGACGAUAUUCAACAAAGGGAUUCGAUAUCGAUUCGAUUCCAUUCUCCAGUUAGAGAGAUAUUUUUGUCGAGGCAGUACAUAGUUGUGGUGUUGUCACAGAGCAUUGAAAUAUAUACGUUUAGUGGCACACCUACUAGGAUUUGCCCUGUCAUCAACCACAUCCAUAAUGGGACUGCGGAUUUCGUAACCUGCAACAAGGUUAGGAGAGGCAGUGGUUCUCAGGAAAUAGACCAUUCCAACUCAUCUAAACAUAUUGUUGCAGGGAUAUUAGCCUACCCUUCAAGCAUUCGGCCAGGACAGAUUCACAUUGCAGACUUAUCAAACAUUCAAAUAACGAACGCUGAUGACCCUUCGUCAACACAUCUCCCCACAUCCAUAAUUAAAGCUCACAAAAAUGCUAUCCAUUUGGUGAAGUUGAAUCGCCAGGGAACAAUGGUGGCUACUUGCUCUGUGGAAGGAACGUUAAUACGUGUGUUUAGCAUUGCCAGUGGAUCGCUAGUUCAUGAAUUCAGACGGGGUCUAGACCGCGCGAUAAUCUUCGAUAUGCAAUGGGAUGGCAAGGGCGACAAACUUGCUGUUGUGAGUGACAAGUUUACACUUCACAUAUUUCAAAUCGAUGAAGAUUUAGACAAAAGGCACGUAUUGAAGGGCUGGUUUCCAAAGGUUAAAUAUUUACAAGGGGUAUGGAGCAUGAGUUCUACAAAAUUGGACAAAACCGUAUUAACUCAUGAUGAUGACACUUGCAAGAUUGGCUGGAUUGGAGAUGAAGCUUUGAGUUUACUAUGGCAAAAGAGUGGUAUUUGGGAAAAAUACGUGAUGAUGGAAAAGUCAGCCGACUAUAAGGCCAAUGAAGCUUUGCAAAAUGGCAGCACCAGUCUAGGAGGUAGCAAGAUCGGUUGGGACCUUGUUCGCGAGAGUUGGAGACAGCUAUAG